CCACCGCGCCCCCCACCCCCUCAUGCUAGCCAAUAACUACGACGCCGCUUCCGCCCAAGCCAUCGCCUCCCUCCCCGCCGCCCACGCCAUUGCGACAGCCAGCUACGCCGUCGCCGCCGCCGCCGCUGGCACCACCGACUCCGCCCUCCCACUAUCCACCCUCCUCCACUCCGCGAAAACCAUCGCAGCCGCCAUCCAACCCACCGGCAAACCCCUCACCAUCGAUAUCCGCGACGGCGCGACGGCUACAACGCCGCCCUGGCGUCUAUCAUCCAAGACCUCCUCGCGAUGGGCGUCCAUGUACAGUACCGCCGAGGCGGCACAGCGCAUCCGCACGGUGCUGCAGGUAACGCGUGCGGCCGGGGUGCCGGAUUUUGUGGUCAAUGCGCGGUGCGAUGCGCUGCUUGAGGGCGGGAAGCUGGAGGAGGCUGGGGCGACGACGGUGUUUGUGUGGGGCGGGCCAGCGCGAGGGGGGAUUAGUAGGAAGGAGGUGGGCGUGCUGGUGGAGGCGUUUGCGGGGAGGUUGAAUGUCAAGGCUAUGCCUGGGGGGAUUUCGGUGAGGGAGCUGGGGGAGAUGGGGGUGGCGAGGGUUAGUGCUGGGCCUGGGUUGUUGGUUGCGGCGAUGGAGAGGUUGACACGAGAAAACCCGGGGCUUUGUACAGUGCACCACGAGAGAUUUGCCUUGCUCCAGAUGGGUGCGUUACAAUUCACUGUGCCUUAGUUUGAGCAUCGGCCUCUUGAAGUGUGAAACCCUAUAGGGCUCAGUCCAGUGCUGGAUUUGUGCUUGUGGAAUUGAUCAACAGAUGAGAAGACUCGAGUCAGUGAAUAUUCGCAGGAAGACUUGUACCGAAUGGCGAGCUCUCCGAAUAUAAAGGUACAAAAGCAAGAUUCCAAGUCGUAACAUACAUCCCGGAGAUGAGGUGCUGUACACGAUGGGCAAGUCCCCGUCGACAUCGAUGCAAGAGACGUACGAAUUGGGGCUGAACGAUACGCUCGGUGAGGAACUAUUCGGUCUGCUGCAUGAGGGUCGAAACAUGUCGCCGGCCACGUGAAGUUGGUCGAUCAAUACCUAAUCAACCAGGAUGAAGCUGCGAAAUCAACG